AUACGGAGCGUCCAUUCAGGCCAUUACGGAGUCUGGUCUGACGCCGAUCCACGUGGCCGCCUUCAUGGGCCACCUCAACAUCGUUUUACUUCUGCUGCAGAGUGGAGCGUCUCCGGAUGUCCGCAACAUUCGUGGGGAGACGGCUCUUCACAUGGCAGCACGAGCAGGUCAGAUGGAGGUGGUUCGCUGUCUGCUGAGGAACGGAGCGUUGGUGGACGCCAUAGCCAGGGAGGACCAGACUCCCCUCCACAUAUCGUCCCGUUUGGGGAAAACCGAUAUUGUCCAGCUGCUGCUGCAGCACAUGGCUCACCCGGACGCUUCCACCACCAACGGCUACACCCCCCUCCACAUCUCCGCCAGGGAGGGCCAGGUAGAGACCGCUGCCGUGCUGCUGGAGGCCGGAGCCUCACACUCGCUGGCCACAAAGAAAGGAUUCACUCCAUUACAUGUAGCAGCAAAGUAUGGAAGCCUCGAUGUAGCGAAACUUCUCCUUCAACGCAAAGCUCUCCCUGAUGAUGCCGGCAAGAAUGGCCUGACUCCGCUGCAUGUAGCAGCGCACUAUGACAACCAAGAAGUAGCUCUGCUGCUGUUGGAUAAAGGGGCGUCGCCCUUCGCUACUGCAAAGAACGGCUACACUCCUCUCCACAUCGCCGCCAAGAAGAACCAGACGAACAUCGCGUCUGCGCUGCUGCAGUACGGGGCGGAGACCAACGUUCUCACCAAGCAGGGGGUCAGCCCUCUGCACCUGGCGGCCCAGGAGGGACACGCCGAGAUGGCCGGCCUGCUGCUGGGCAAAGGAGCUCACGCCAACACAGCCACCAAGACCGGACUGACGCCUCUGCAUCUCGCAGCCCAGGAGGACAGAGUCAGUGCAGCAGAAGUGUUGGCCAAACAUGAUGCCAACCUGGAUCAGCAAACUAAGCUCGGCUAUACCCCUCUGAUAGUGGCCUGUCACUAUGGAAACGCCAAGAUGGUGAACUUCCUGUUACAGCACGGCGCCAGUGUCAACGCCAAAACCAAGAAUGGAUACACACCCCUUCACCAGGCAGCACAACAAGGGAAUACACACAUUAUCAAUAUGUUGCUGCAGCAUGGCGCCAAGCCAAAUGCUACUACAGUGAAUGGAAACACCGCUCUGUCUAUCGCCAAACGCCUGGGUUACAUCUCUGUAGUGGACACACUGAAAGUGGUCACUGAGGAGGUCAUCACUACCACGACGACGGUCACAGAGAAACAUAAGCUCAAUGUUCCUGAGACCAUGACUGAGAUCCUCGACGUGUCCGAUGAAGAAGGUGAGGACACCAUGACCGGUGAUGGAGGGGAGUACCUGAGAGCCGAGGAUCUCAGAGAGCUGGGUGACGACUCUCUGCCUGGACACUACCUGGACAGCUUCAGCUACAUGAGCCACAACCUGGACAGGCCGCAGCUCACUCCAAUUCACCAAAGCUUCUGUCAGAAGGACGGAGUUCUCAUCGAAGACAUGCUGACCAGCCACCAGGUGUCCUCGCUGUCCAGAGAACACGACAAGGACUCGUUCCGCCUGAGCUGGGGUGCCGAGCACCUUGACAACGUGGUGCUGUCCUCCAGUCUGCUGCACUCUGGCCGUUCCUCUCCGUGCCUAGACCAUGACAACAGCAGCUUCCUGGUCAGCUUCAUGGUAGAUGCCAGGGGCGGGGCCAUGCGUGGUUGCCGUCACAACGGCCUGCGAAUCAUUGUGCCGCCGAGAAAGUGUUCUGCACCCACGCGGGUGACAUGCAGGCUGGUGAAGAGACACCGUCUGGCCUCCAUGCCCCCCAUGGUGGAGGGUGAGGGGCUGGCUGGUCGCAUCAUCGAAGUAGGACCAACUGGAGCCCAGUUCCUGGGUAAGCUCCACCUUCCCACAGCUCCGCCCCCUCUAAAUGAGGGCGAGAGCCUGGUCAGUCGCAUCCUGCAGCUGGGUCCUCCAGGAACCAAGUUCCUCGGGCCCGUGAUUGUGGAGAUCCCCCAUUUUGCAGCCCUGCGGGGAACGGAGAGGGAGCUGGUGAUCUUGAGGAGUGAGACAGGGGAGAGCUGGAGGGAACACCACUGUGACUUCACGGAAGAGGAACUGAACCAGAUACUUAACGGCAUGGAUGAAAAACUUGAUUCUCCUGAGGAGCUUGAAAAGAAAAGAAUAUGCCGCAUCAUCACCCGAGACUUCCCGCAGUAUUUUGCGGUGGUGUCGCGGAUAAAGCAGGACAGUCAUUUGAUUGGACCAGAGGGCGGGGUCCUUAGUAGCACUCUCGUGCCUCAGGUCCAGGCUGUCUUCCCCGAGGGUGCCCUCACCAAGAAGAUCAGAGUAGGGUUACAGGCUCAGCCCAUUGAGGUUGAGGUGGUGAGAAAGAUCCUCGGCAACAAGGCCACGUUCAGCUCAAUCGUCACCUUGGAGCCGAGAAGGAGAAAGUUCCACAAGCCAAUCACAAUGACCCUCCCUAUCCCCAAGAGCUCCAAUAGUGACGGGCAAAGCGGAGUGUACAGCGGGGGGACCCCCACCUUACGUUUGCUUUGUAGCAUAACAGGUGGAACGACUCCCGCCCAAUGGGAGGACAUAACCGGCUCCACGCCGCUCACCUUUGUUAACCAAUGUGUGUCCUUUACCACAAACGUGUCUGCGAGGUUCUGGCUGAUAGACUGCAGACAGAUCCAGGAGUCUGUUAGCUUUGGCUCUCAGCUGUACAGAGAGAUCAUCUGUGUUCCAUACAUGGCCAAGUUUGUGAUCUUUGCGAAGACACUGGACCCCAUUGAGGCCCGCCUGCGCUGUUUCUGCAUGACAGACGACAAGAUGGACAAGACCCUGGAGCAGCAGGAGAACUUCACAGAAGUUGCCCGGAGCCGAGACGUUGAGGUGCUGGAAGGAAAACCCAUAUUCGCUGACUGCUUUGGAAACCUCGUUCCUCUAACCAAGAGCGGGCAGCACCAUGUCUUUAGCUUCUUUGCCUUCAAGGAGAACAGACUGGCCCUCUUCAUCAAAAUUAGAGACACAGCACAGGAGCCAUGCGGUCGUUUGUCCUUCACCAAGGAACCACGCACAUAUCGUACACUGAACCACAAUGCCAUCUGCAACCUUAACAUCACUCUCCCAACAUACUCUAAGGAGUCUGAUUCAGACCAAGAUGCAGAUGAUGAGAGUGAGAGGAGUGACAAGAAAUAUGAUGAAUCGGAAUCAACUGAGACGUUCUCCUUGAGAAAUAACCAACCUCUUGACCCUGCAACCCUUGCAAGCCCUGACCUUCUCUCAGACAUUUCUGACGUCCGUUCAUCUGCUAUUCCAACGGCAGAGCAAAUGGAGCCCUCGUUAUAUGAUGAGAGAGCCGGAGCUACAGGGUUGGAAGAAAAAGCGCAUUCGGCCAUUGUGUUCAAAGACAGGUUGGAAAAGGUUGAAGGGAUUCAAAGAGGUAGCAUGGAUGAAAGAAGACAGGAACAAGGACGAGUACAACGACAUGAUGCUACAAGAGAAAAAAGGUCUUUUGAAAUAAAGUCUCCCUCUGUCCAAGAACCAUGCUUACAGGAGAUUUGCAAUGAGGGGAAGACUUCAAGUAGAUCUGCCACAGAGGUCAGAGAAAUGUCAGAAAGGCUCUCCCACCUGAGCAUUGACAUGGACCAAUAUCUUGAGAGUUCUGUAGUGACAUUUGGUUCACUGGAAGACCUUGUCCAAGAUACAUUUGAACCAGUCAUUGUAAAGCUUGACGAGAAACGUCGUCCGCCAGAUAUAAAAAAACCUAUUAGAAAGAAACUUCGAGACAGAGAGCGUUCUGGAUGUAGUAGCUCUGAGGGUGAGCUUGAAAGGAUGAGCUCAGAAGAGUCUUUAGAUGGUGAGGUGGUUCUUAAGGAGAGUGGCCUUUUAACGACCACAGUUAUGGAUCCUCCUGCUUCUCCUUCAGUUGUUGAGACACCUAUAGGAUCAAUAAAGGAAAGACUGAGAGCUUUGGAAAACAAAGUGGAAGAGGAAGGGGUGAACAAAGAUACUCAAGAACGAAUUCCUCAGGCUAAAUAUUCUAUUGCCAAAAAGAAGAAUGAGGCCGACAUGCCAGAACUUCCCAGAGUUCCAACGCCCCCUAAAUCCCCUGGAUCUCAGACAGAGAGAUUAGAGGAAACUAUGUCUGUAAAGGAACUGAUGAACGCAUUUCAGACUGGACAGGACCCAUCAAAAAGUAAGGCUGGCCUUUUUGAGCACAAAGCAGUGGCUCCUUCUGGUAUUUCAACAUUGAUAUCUGAAUCAGGAGAUUCUGAUGAGUCACAGAUGACAGAACAAAGUCCUACGCAUGAGGCAAACUCUCAAACCCAAACUCAGAAGCUCACGAGUCUCUAUCGAGAGAGUGAUAUCAACAAAUUGGACGAAACAGAUCUAGGGGAUCAACCUGAAAGAUUCAUCACCGAUAACUCAGAAGAAUCGCAGUUCACUUCACGUAGUGUUUCCUUUGGGAAGAGAGUCAAAUUUGCAGAUGCUAUUCAAUGUGACGAUGGAAUUGUUAGCCCGCAGGUGCCAGAAAAGGAGACUAUGUCAGUGAAGGAGCUGAUGAAAGCAUUUGGGAAUGGGCAUGAUCCCUCAAAAACCAAAGCUGGUGUGUCUCCUCACAUUUCAACAUUGAUAUCUGUUUCAGGAGAUUGUGAAGAGAUGAACACCAGCAACCAAAAUGCACCGCAAGAACCAAAACACCCAAUCCCAACUCAGAACCUCACUCUUUUCCCAUCAAGUGAUGUCAAGAAAUGUGUCCAAACAGACACAGAGGAUCAACCAUUGUCCUUCAGGGAUAGCUCAAAGAAAUCCCCAUUAGUUUCAGGUAGUGCUCCUUUUGGAAAAAUGGUAACAUUUGCUGAUGGAGUUCAAUGUGACGACAGUGGGCUAACAAGUGUUAGCCCACAGGGAGAGACUUCAGAGUUGUCAGAGAAGGAGACUUUGUCCGUUAAGGAGCUGUUGAAAGCAUUCCAAUCUGGGCAUGAUCCCUCAAAAACUAAAGCUGGCCUUUAUGAACACAAAGCCGGUGCUUCGUCUUGUAUUUCAACAUUGAUAUCUGAAUCAGGAGAUUCUGGAGAGAUAAAGACAACUAAGCAAGGUGUUGCCCAGACGCCAAAAUCACAAAUUCAGAAUCUUACAAGUUUCCAACAACAGAGUGAUGGCAAGGAACGUUACACAACAGACUUAAGGGAUCAGCCAGUUAGCUUAAGUAGAGAUAACUCUGAGGAAUUACAAUUCAUCUCAGAUUUUUCUUAUCUUGGAAAGACAGUAACAUUUGCUGAUACAAUCCAGUGUGACAGUGGAAGCCAGGGAUCAGAGUUGUCUCAGAAAGACACUACAUCUGUAAAGGAGCUGAUGAAAGCAUUCCAGACUGGGCAGGAGCCUUUUAAGACUAAAGUAGGUUUGGUUGAACACAAAGCCAGUGCUUCUUCCUCAACAAUGAUUUCUGAAUCAUUAGGUCCCCAAGAGAUACAGAUGACUCAACACAGUCCCACACUGGAGCAUACACCGCAAUCCCUAACUCACAAUGUCACAAUUUUCCAUCCACAAAGUGAUAUUGACAUAGAUGGAACGUUGGAUUUAGGGUCAGAAACAGUCAACUUAAUGAGAGAUAACUCUGAGGAACUACAGCUAAUUUCAGAUAUUUCUUAUUUUGGAGAAACGAUUGAAAUUGAUGAUACAAUUCAGUUUGAUGAUGUAACGGGAAGCCCUGAGCGAGAAGACCCAGACUUUUCAGGAGAGAGCAGGGGGAGGAUGCAUUUAGAGGAACCGGUCAUGAGCAUUGGUAGGAGUUUAUCUGAAGAUCUGCAGAUCAGUCCUAAUCGCCGACCUUCUGAGGACUUCAGUGCUGAUAUAAAGGCUGAGCUGGAAGACAGUCCUGAGUACCAGCUUUUCAAGCAGACCUCAACAGCUGAAGAGAUAAGCAAUCAACUGGAGGCACCUGAGGGGGAAACUGUGUCUGAUUCUGAUCCAAAGCCAGCAUCCAUCUCCAGUUCCUGUGUAAAAAGUUAUAUUGGGGAAACUUAUUUUCCUGAGGAUAAAAUGAAAGAUGAUGAUCUAAGUCCUGAAAGUCCCAAGCAUGAAGGUAUGGCUGAAUCCUCAAACACAAAUGUUCAUCUUAAGAACUCUCGUUCCAGCUCAGAGGAGAGCGGUAACCAUAAAGGACUCACAGUGACGCAUCAAGUGAAAAAUGAAAUGUACACUUACUCUUCUGAGAGAAAGGAAAACCUUGCCAUUCAGGAUGAGAGUCUCCAUGAAGCGAACAAGGAAAGCCUGACACCUGAUCAUGGAAGCAAGAUGUUCUUUUCGCAAACUGACACUGAAUUAACAGUGGUCAAAAUCGGGGAGCCACAACUUCAUGAAGUCCACAUUGAGAGGAACACAUCUAUCCAGGCCUCCACUGCAGAAAAGGAUAUAUCAGGGAUGUUGUCCUUACUGAGCAGUGAAUUGGAUCAGUAUCUAAAAAGUAGGCCUGUGGCACGUCAGCCAACAGGAGAAGACGUCGUCCUGGAGAAAUUUAAACAAACAAUAUUAACAAGAGAAAGACGUGUCACUGAUGAAAAUGAAGCCACAACAGUAACAACAAAAGAAACAAAUCAUGCGCUGACAGAAGAACAUCCAAUUACGCGGGGGAGUGAAGAAAUAGAGAAUGAAAUUGAAGAAGUAAGCAAUACACCAGAGUUUUUGUCAAUAAACGACUGGAAUCAGUAUGAAGAGCCUUUGCCUCUGGAUACUCGACCAUUCGAGGAUGUUAACGGGCAGGAUCAAUUUGACAUGCUUGCAUCUUUUGCGGAUGAAAAUAGAGGAGUGACAGCAAAUUGCACAUUGCAAGAAACCGAUAAAGGUGCAGUGGAUUGUCAUGUCACACAGAGAGGUGAAGUAAUUGUGGGGGAAUUUCAAGAAACCAACGCAACAUUGAUUGAAGAACUUCCAAUGAAUGAAGAGCGGGUAGAGAGAGAGGCUUCAUAUGAGCCAUCUGGAAAGGUAAAAGACAUUUCAGGCAUGCCAUCAGUGCUUAACAGUGACUUACAUGGGUACCUCAAGGACAGGCCAGUAAAAAUCACGCCCCCGGAGGAGAAUGUUAUCCAGGACAAGUUUGAAGAAGUUCAUCUAUCCAAAAUCCACCCAGAAAAAGAUGAUCUUUUCCUUGAGGACUACCAGCAAGCUAGACUGACGAGUGAUUUGGAAAAUAAGGUAGAUGUAGAGGCCAAAGAACAUUUGCAGGCAGACAGAAAUAGAAUCACAGGAUUAUCACCAAGUUCUGAUUUGGAGACACCAUUCCAAGAGGUCUUUCUGGAGAGAAAGACACAGCAACAACCGUCUGCAGCUAAGAGAGAUAUGUCAGGGAUGGCGUCACUGCUUAGUAGUGACUUAAAUGAGUACCUAAAUGAAAAUCCAGUGGCAAUUCAACUUCAACCAGAAGAAGAUCUAGUCCAUGAGAGCUGCAGAGAAGUUUUUCUGACAAGCAGUAAUGUGGAGGAUAAGAUAGGCCUCGAUGCAAAUGAACCCCUACAAACCAACGCAGUAGCAGUCCCCAAACUGUCGAUAAGUUCUGUUUUAGAGACACCAUUCCAAGAAGUUUGCAUGGAAAGAAAGACACAGCAACAACAGUCUGCAACUGAGAGGGAUAUGACAGGUAUGUUGUCACUGCUCAGUGGUGACUUAAAUCAGUAUUUAACGGAAAAGCCAAUGGCAAUUCAAAGCCACCCAGAAGAAGAUCUAGUCCAGGAGAGCUGCAAACAACUUAUUUUUACAAGCAGUAAUUGGAAUGAUAAGAUGGGUGGAGAGGUGAAUGAACACGUGCAGACUGACAUUGUUGGCGCCACAGAAUUGUCCCCAAGUUCUGUAUUGGAGACACCAUUCCAAGAAGUUUGCAUGGAAAGAAAGACACAGCAACAACAGUCUGCAACUGAGAGAGAUAUGACAGGUAUAUUGUCCCUUCUUAGUGGUGACUUGGACCAACGUCUCGAGGAAAUGCCGAUGCAAUGCCACCCAGAACAAGAUGAUCUUGUCCUUGAGGGCUACCAACAUACUGGACAGACAAGGUGCGAUUUGGAAAAUAAGGUAGAUGUAGAGGCCAAAGAACAUUUUCCGCCAGACAGAAAUACAAUCACAGAAUUGUCACCAAGUUCUGAUUUGGAGACACCAUUCCAAGAGGUAUCUCUGGAGAGAAAGACACAGCAACAACAGUCUGCGGCUAAGAGAGAUAUGUCAGGGAUGGCGUCACUGCUUUGUAGUGACUUAAAUGAGUACCUAACCGAAAAUCCAGUGGCAAUUCAACUUCAACCAGAAGAAGAUCUAGUCCGUGAGAGCUGCAAAGAAGUUUUUCUGACAAGCAGUAAUUUGGAGGAUAAGAUAGGCCUCGAUGCAAAUGAACCCCUACAAACCAACGCAGUUGCAGUCCCCAAACUGUCGAUAAGUUCUGUUUUAGAGACACCAUUCCAAGAAGUUUGCAUGGAAAGAAAGACACAGCAACAACAGUCUGCAACUGAGAGGGAUAUGACAGGUAUGUUGUCACUGCUCAGUGGUGACUUAAAUCAGUAUUUAACGGAAAAGCCAAUGGCAAUUCAAAGCCACCCAGAAGAAGAUCUAGUCCAGGAGAGCUGCAAACAAGUUAUUUUGACAAGCAGUAAUUGGGAUGAUAAGAUGGGUGGAGAGGCGAAUGAACACGUGCAGACUGACAUUGUUGGCGCAACAGAAUUGUCCCCAAGUUCUGUAUUGGAGACACCAUUCCAAGAAGUUUGCAUUGAAAGAAAGGCACAGCAACAACAGUCUGCAACAGAGAGGGAUAUGACCGGUAUGUUGUCCUUGCUCAGUAGCGACUUAAAUCGGUAUUUAACGGAAAAGCCUGUGGUGAUGGGUUGCCAGUCAAAAGAGGAAGAGGUCUAUGAGCACUUUGAGGAAGUUAUUCUUCCAAAAGAUACUGAAAGAGAAACUCUGUCAUUCUCCCCUGAACAUGAGAUUAUGUCACCAGACCAAACUGCAGACUUUGUGAAUCCUGAUAACGAGGGAGCCUUAGAGAGUGGAUGGAAGACAACUUCCCACGAAGAUGAAAGGCCAAAGAGUUUAUCAUCUGAAGAGGAUGAGGCUAAAAACUCACCACGUUCACAUUUUAGUGACUCAACUGAAGUGGAAGUAGGCAUUACGACGUCAUUUGUCACAACGGAUGACUCCAAUAAUGAUCAGAAAGAUGUUGUUGCAGAGUCAAUUCUCAAAAAAAACGAUUUUUGGCAAAUAACAAAUAGGUCUGACACAUUACAACGACCGGAUAGUUUGGGGAACUUAAACACUGUGCUUUCUGGUGACCCAGCUGAAGACCUUUGUCAACAAGACUCACUGGAGACAAGUCCUCAAAAGGACGAUGGAUCAUCAUACAAAUCGCCUGAUUCAAUUGAGCCAAGCCCUACCGGAGAAUGCCCUAGUCCAGACUCUCUUGAGGGAAGUCCCACUCAGUCAAAAGAUGCAGAACCUAAGACGCCAGCCAAGACAGCUGUUUAUGAGGAUUAUGCAUCCCAGCUGAAAGCAUGUUAUGCUUCUGACAAAAACCUUUACAGGGAUGAAAUUGAGAAAGAAGAUCAAGAAGAGCGAGAAGAGCGAGAAGGGCAAGAAGAUCAAGAAGAGCGAGAAAACGCAUAUGGGAUCGUCCAAAUGGAGGGUAAGAUGAAGGACCUACAUUCUUACUCAGCACAGAUGGAAACCGAUGGCAGCACGUAUUCAGGCACCAAAAUAUAUGACAGUGAAAAUCUUCAGUUGCUCGUAAGGCAAGACUCUCUUGAUGAAGAUGAUAUAGAGGAUGAGGCCGCCAAUAAACAGUUCACCCCAGAAGAGGAGAUGUUUAAAAUGGCUGCAAAGAUUCAAACAUAUGAUGAGAUGGAACAGGAGGCUAAAGUAAAGAGAGACAAAUCAGAGACAGGUGCUCUCAGAAAUGAGGAGGCAGAUCAAAAAAGAUUUACACAGCUCGAUGCUGAAAAACUGUGCCCUGCAAAGGACAGAAAUCCACCAGAUAAAACACAUGAUCAAACACCAGGUCAUGAGAGAACUGCAGAUCCCUUUCAGUUUCAGGAGGGAAAGCUUUUUGAGAUGACCAGAGGGGGAGCUAUCGAUAUGACUAGAAGAAGUUUCGAUGAAGGGGAAGGCUAUGCAUUUUUUCAUAUAGAUGAACAUGCUGUUGAUGAGGUUGUGCCAGAGGAGCCCGAGGAAUGUAAAACAAAGUAUCUAGCUUUAGAGAAUAGUGAUCAUAUUUCAGAUGCGACCCUUGAAGAGAUGCCUGAAUCAGAUCUAACUCAUGGUGAGAAUGACACGAUUCCUACUCCCAAACCCAGAUCUCUCAUCAGACCCUCAAAUGACACGCCCGAAAGAAAUAUGCUCCUCCCUGAAGCUGAUCUUGGCAGUUCCACAGAUGUUGAUCCUUGUUCCCCAGGUGCUUUGGAGAGACUGACCAACAAUCAAAGUGAGUGCGGAAACCUUGAACGCUUUGGUCUAGGCUACCUAGAUUCAACCAUAGCUGACCUUCAUUCAGCGUACUCAGAGCGGAGCCAUGAUUCAUCAGACUCCUCUCCUGAAGAGGAGGAGGAAGAGGAGGAAGAUGAAGAAGACCAGUGCUCAGUUAUAGAGAUGUCCUUGGCAGAGGCCGGUAUCUCAGCAUAUCAUCAGGAUCCACCCACCGCUUUGGGAAUGACUGUGAAAGACUCACCGAAAUCUCUGCCUAAUCAGGUUAAAAGAACAGCCGAAAAAAGGUCAACUUUGGAUCGAAGGACUAGAUCUGAGACUGAUAGUAGCCCAAAUAAAGCCUUGAAUAAAGACUGUAGGAGUCAUUCUGACAGUAGUGAACCAACUGACGACACCACUAAGCAACAGAAACCUCAAGCUCAGGCAAUCUCUGCCUCCUCUCCCCAAAGAAAAGAAAUCCAACUCACAGAGACAACUGAAACAUCAGUUAGGUCCUCUUUGGAUGCUGAUUAUAUGAGCAGCGCUAGUCAGAGUCCAGACUCUGUUAUCCCCGCAUAUGACAUUGCGGUCUCACACAGUACUGAUUCAGAGGUCAACCCGUUGCCAGGUGUGCAACCAUCGUCUGGGAGAGAGGAUGUAUUUCAGACUAGCCCAGCCUGGGAUGCUACGGUGGACACUCAGAUGCAGAGAGCCUUCGAUGAACCAGCGUCAGACUGUACUCCAGAUUGGCAGGAUGAUGCUGACAGGAAAGAGGAGACGUUGGCUAUCGUUGCAGAUCUUCUUGGCUUCAGCUGGACUGAACUGGCAAGAGAACUGGAAUUCAGUGAGAUUGAUAUCCAAUUAGUGAGAACAGAGAAUCCUAACUCCCUCCAAGAGCAGAGCCAUGCCUUGCUGCAGCGCUGGGUUGAGCGGGAAGGCAAACAUGCCACAGAGGAUUGUCUGAUUAAGAGACUGACCAAGAUCAAUCGCAUGGACAUUGUCCAUCUUAUUGAAACGCAGAUGAACAAGUCCGUUCAAGAGCAAACAUCUAGAACCUAUGCAGAAAUUGAGAAGACACUGGAUCACAGUGAAGUGUCAGUCGCCCUAUCUUUAGUGCAAGAUGAUGCAGACAGCCCCAGAGUUGUGAGAAGGGUCGAGUCCGACCGCAGGCCACCCCCAGCUGUUUCUGAGGAGGACCUCUCAGUUGCUUCCCUGCUCGAUAUUCCCUCUUGGGCAGAGCCUGUUGGACACACCCACUCAGAGAGCAUGCAUGGCGACCUGAUGGAGGAGCUUGAGAUCCCACAUGAAUUAAACCCUAACAUGUGGACCUCUGAAGAUGUAAUUACAGAGGAAACUGCAAGUUACGACAACUUAGAUGAGCAAGCCGAUGAAAUGCCCGACCUCUCCACUCAGUCUGUGACGGAGGAAAAGUACCAGGAUGAAAAUGGACACGUCGUUGUCAAAAAGGUCACUCGUACGGUUCUCCGGACGUGUGUUUCCGCCGACGGCGUGGAGCGAGCGGCGUCCUCAGAGGGAGCCCCCCGGGCGUCCGUCCGUGCGGCGGCUGCAGGUGGACACUCUGACGCUGUGAAGCGGACUGUUCUGAAGAGCGAGGGGGACCACACGCAGGGAACAUUUUCUGCAUGUGAGGAUUUCUCAGCAUCAGGCCGGGCGACCGCUGAAAGCUGCAGGGUCAGCGGCGUAGAAAGAACAAAGGUGGUGGAGGGUGAAAGGACAAAGACACAGCAGGGCGAUCCAUCGCUGGCCUCCGACCUGCCCUUUGCCCAGAAAGACUUCAAACAGGGCCCACAUGCGUGAAGGUCGUGCCCUUGGACGGACAGUGGUGACGGGAGCUGGGCAGCGCGAGCAGGUCCUUCUGGAAGGCUCAAGACCAUGUGACCUCCAGCAGCAUCUCCAGCAGCUCUUUCACCACUGCAACGAAGACCAAAAGGACAAUGAGGAGGAGGAAGAGUAGAGGAACACUCCUCUAGUCCCUAGCUCUGCCCAUGCUACGCAGCCCCCCCCGCCUAAUCCUAUGCAUUAGCCACAUUCAAUCCCAGUGUGCACCACGGCACCUCAAAGCUACCCCUGUCUUCCCAUUUUAGUCCUGGAAGUUGACUUUCUGUCCACAAUUCAUUUUCUGACCUUGCUGGUAUGAUGUUCUUAUGAUUUUCUUCUCAUGUUCUGGUGUUGUUUUACUCUUUGUGACCAAAGAAAGUUCUACGUUGUUUCCCAGACUCAUUUAACUUUCCCUUUCAGAAUUGGUACUUUUUUUUUAAUUCCUGAAGGUGUGGUAGAGGAACAAAGGAAACACAGGGAUACUAUUCACACAACCUCAUAAAGAGCACUUCACCUGCACCCCACCGCCACUAGUCUCUGAGUAGGUGCUCGGACUGAAGGACAAUCUCUCUCUCACACUGCACUGCCUCCCACAAACUCCUGACUUUGAAACAGUCCCACCCACUAUGCUAGUCUCUCCGCUCUUUCCAUUCAGGAGGUAAAGAUGUCACACAGAAAAAAAAACUUUAAGCGCUGCUGCUGCUGCUGUGUUUUGUGUAGGCUAUGUGUAAUCUGUCUUUGGGAAUUCUAUAUUACCUAUAAUCUUGACAUUACGGACAUCAGUAGCGUAGGAAUUAACGAUCGCUCAUGGGACGUAGGGCAGGCAUGACUAAUCAACAUCACCACGUCAUAAUGACCCCAGCCCUGACUGCGUUGUAGUUUUAUGGACUGCCCUUCUGCCUCGCUCUCCUCUUACGUCUUUCUCUCCAUGUUAUUAGGUUUAAAUGCAUUGACUUUUUCUGUGGUUUUUGUAAACUGUUGCUCUUUUGUCGAUGGUGUGUGAAUGGUGAAUACGUGAGUGAGGUUGUGCUGUCAGAGUGAGAGCUGCAUGCUGCAUCGGCAGUGGGAGUCAGAAUUAUUAUGAAGGCGUUUUAUGGUUUUUGGAUUUGAUUUGGAUUGCGUGUUACAUUUUUGAUCUUCACAGCUGUUUCAGAGUCACAAUCUGAUAAAGACAUGAGUGGCAAAGUGAUCGGGUGUUUUUUCCUUGUUGCCAGUGUGUCUUUUGAAUGAGAGGUUGGACCAGCAGGGGGCGGUCAUGUGCUGUGUGUUUACGAGUGGUAAAAAUCAAAGAAUGUGUGCAAGUUUCUGUCAGCAAAGAAAGAAAGAAACAUUGAUUUCCCACCAACUGUGUUCGCUCUCCUGAAUGUCGGGAGGCGGCACCCCCUAUAUGGAUAGGGUAGAGUUUAUCUCAUCCACAGAGAGAGUUUCAUUUUGGCCGAGGAUUAAAUCCAAGAUGAUGGUGCACCAGGCACACGCGCACGGCUGAGAGCUUCUAGCUACCAUUACUCACAGAUCUGAGCGUCGCUACUCUAUGUAUCUACAACGUGUAAUGUAUUUAUUUCACUGUCACCGUUUACUUUGUGAUUUAGAAAAAUGUAAAAUGCAAAUUAGUGGAAGUUCACUGUGAUAGGUAUGCUUUUCAUUUGAAUAUCAGCAUCCCUUUUGUGUGAUGAUGACAGUUAUAUACAUAUACAAUGCAUAUUCAAAUAUCUAUUAGGGCAUGUAUUACUGUAUCAAAAAGACAACAACAACAACAACAUGGCUGCAGUGUCUAUGGCUGAUCGAGAAUAAAAGUCUACCAAUGUA